AUGACCUCGACGGUUCCGUGGUACUGCCGCUACGGCGUGCAUGGCGAUCUCGCAAAGGAGGUGAACGUCGACGGCACCGUUGUCUACCGCACUCGUGAGCGACGGUGCGACUGUACGCCACCGCAACCGUGCCCGCUUGCCUUGCCUGGGGCGCACCCUCGCCCGCAUCCGCCGCCACCGCUACGACGGCCCGCCAGCCGACUUGCCGCACCGCAGCGAAAGUUCGGCCGUGGACGCGUCGUUGGCGCUGGCCGUGAGCACAUCGCACCGUCGUGGCAGAAAGCCUAUGCGCCGCUGCCGCAUUCUUCGCUGCCUUGCCCCCCUGGUGAGAUGGACGACACGCGCCUACGCGUCUUGGUGCCGCCUCUGGCGUUCGACAGCGCCGUCGGUGACUUGUAUGCGGGCUACGUGUCGUCCACGUCGCACGAUGCGGCUGCAGCUUUGCCGUUCAUCCCGGUCAUCAAUCCUCAAACCGCCCUGGCAGGGGUGGCGCCGUUCACGCCCGCCGAUGGUCCUAUCUUUGCUGCCACCGCGCCUCUCGGCGUGGGCAGGUGCGUUGAUUCGCUGCUGGCAGGCAUGUCACCGGUGCCACAACCGCCGCUGCAGCCUGCUGAGCUGCGCAGUGCAGCGCCACUGGCAAGCGAUGCCGGCAGCCCACAACCAUCUCCGCCACUACUGCUGCAGCAGAACCUACUAUCGCCACCAGUGCCCCCGUCACCAGCUGCCGUUCCUGCUCCUUUACCACCGUGCACCGUGGAAAACCAUGUCGCGGGUCAGCUCAGCGGCUUCGUGCACUGCCCAACAUGCGGCCAACGUGUCGUGGCCACCGGUGCGGAACAGGGAGCUCAAGCUCGAGGCGCUGCCUCAGUGGGUCGCUUCGGCUUUCCCUGCGGGAUUGACAAGCAGGCACCAACGUGCAGGACCGAAGCGCCCGUGCCGCCGCCGUUGCCAUCACCACAGCAGGAGCAGCAGCACCAGCAGCGGCCACCGACCGCUACGGCGGGGCGCGCGGUCAACGCUCCGACAGAGGGGGAGGCGGGCGCCCGUCACACUCUGCCACCUGCGGCGGCAUCGGCGACAACAACGCCACCACCCCCAUCAGUGCCAGCUACCGCCGGUGCUGCGUCCCCAGACCUUCACCUUGGUCAGGAUCUGCGCACCGUGGACGAGGUGAUAUCGCGCCUGUUGCACAAUGCGACGGAGAACGGUGAGAGAGUGCUGCCGCCGUGCGGGUUGCCACAGUGCCGCCUGUGCGAUCCGUCCGCAGCUGCCGCGACGGCUCCGACAGUCAGCCACUCGGCGUGGAUGUGUCCUCCAUGGCACUACGGAUGGUGGGGUAUGCAGCCGGUGAUGUGUGGCAGUCCAGCCGUGGCCGUCAUUCAUCAUCACUACGCCAAGUAG